CAGGGCACAGAAACCGUAGCUUGCCGCCAUGUUCCUUUGCACUGGGCGUGCCUGGGUUCCCACCGGUGCUUUGAGAGUGGUGGGCGGCAGGUUUUCGCAUCCAGCUUGGACGCGCGCUAGCGCCAAAGUGCCAUUGGGGUGGCAGGCUUGCCACAGCGAGAAGUACGGGAGGAGUUUCUACUGGCAUGCUGCAACUGGCAGAUCGCAGUGGCAGAUGCCCGAAGAGGCAAGUCCGAACCUGCCAUCGGGCUGGGAAGCGAUUUACAGCGAGGCGCAUGGAAUGCACUACUACUGGCACCGCCCCAGUGGGCAAACGCAGUGGCAGCAGCCCGACGCUUCAGCCGCGCCCGACCAAAAGCCGGAGAAUGGUGCAGACACGAGGCAGGGAGUGGCUGGCGGCCAUGGUGAGCGUCGAAAAGAUCAGCUCUUGAAGGGCUGGCGCGAGAUCCUGCACGAGGCGCAGCUCGGUGAGGAGCUGGCUGGACAGCAGCUGGCACUUGUCAAGGAACUCCUGGAGUACCACCCAGAAGCACAGAAGAAGAUCGGCGCCGGCAUCCAAGGAGUUAAGGUGGACACAGCCCCCGAUUCGCAAGCGAGCCGCUGCUUCUGGGUAUUGCGCAGCGAUGGCUCGCAGGAAGACUUCUCUGCCAGAAAGUGCUGCCAAAGCAUUCGUGCAUCCCUGCGAUGAUUGCGUGACAUAUUCGCUUCGAGGAAAACUCGCAGACGAUUGUCAUUUGGUGC